AAAAAGUAUGCUAAAGUAUCAGGGUUUUAGUCAUAACUGGAAAGAUUAAGAUUUCAUGAAAGAAGUCUCUCCGUGAGAGCAGAGGGGAACGGCAGGCUUAGAAACAGAUAAGGGGAGCCCCAUCUGUUUCCAGAACGCCAUGGAAACACUGGGAGACUUCAGGCGAGCCGGCCAGGACAUGAAGAGAGGAAGCAGAGGUUUGUGCCUGCCCAGGUUGUGCAGUAAUAACAGGCACUGGGGUGAUGCUGAAGCUGAAGCUGCUCUGUCAUCGGGCUUUCUGAGUCCCAGGAGCCCCUGCCGGCCCGUACCACCCACACAAAGACGGAGUACGAAAGGUUUGGCUGCUGCUUCAUCACAUCCUCACGAUCUGCUGUCAGUGCCCAGCCAGUUCUGCCAAUCUGCCCUCAGCAUCAUGCAACCACUACCGUGUUCCAACAAUAGGUUACUGAACAGAAAUCACAUUCAGACCCGAAAGGGCCCUCAAAAAGAUCGAAAUGGAAAAAAGGGCAUCUUGCCAGCUUUGCACUCCCCAACAUCAAAGCUUUUGGCCCCCCUGCAUGGCCAGCCUCGGGGCAGCACAGCUCUGCCCCUGCUAAAGCAACAUCCUCCCCUCAGGCCCAUUGUUGAGAGCCCACUUUGGACCAGAACCCCUCUGAGGAGAGAGAGGCUCUCCUGCGGGAGCUCAGGCCCCACCAAGCCCAGCAGUGAGGACAGUGGCUCCAACAGCAGCGGCAGCACCCACAGCUCCAUCAGCCUGGAGGAUGAAAUCAAUGGCAGAGACGUACAUUACACUGCUCAUGAAGAUAGAAAUCUAAAGUUCUUUUGGGAUGACCAUUUGCAGCAUUCAAGGGACGGGAAGACUUUUCAAGUUCAGCCAAGGACUGAUCAUGUUUCAUUGGUCCACAAAUCCAAAUAUAACCGGGAAGAAGGCCUUAUCAAUCAUACACAUCAUCUUCCUCAUACUGAAAAAGCAAAGAGAUUUUACUGUGAAGAAACGUACAGGAGUUAUAUAAAAGAAUCAGCUGACAAUGAGCCCUCAAGACCAUUUGAUUAUGAUCAAAAAGGAGAUGCUAUAACACCUGAACAUUUUCUCAACGACAAGACACCUGCCCCCUCUGUGUUUAGUGCAGAUAAUAAUGACACUGGCUGUGCUACACAAUCUGACACUGAGAUAAGUCAUGGAAAUGUAUUUGACAUAAAUGAUGUCAGUGGUUGUGCAGCUCUUCGCCCUGAAAGAGAUUACAGAAGCAGACUGCAGCACGUAAAAGAGACACAAACGACGGAAAAUGUUUGCUGCGUAAAUAAAACCAAAGGAAACAAGCCAACUGAUUGCAGCACAACAGAUGUAAAGUUAAGCACCGGCACGGCUGUGAGGAAAAAUACUGUCGCUCCCAAGAGAGACAAGAAGAUGUUCAACGCCUUAAAACCUGCUGUGAGCACAGUGAGGAGAACUGGCAUGGAUUGUGAGCCGAAAGCAAAUAAUCAAACUUGCCAGUCCUUCAGAACUACAGACUGGAAUAAGUUUAAAAGCAAGCAGACAUACUCACCGGCACCAAGUAAGAAGGAUUGUGAUAUCCCGCAGAACAACCAAGACAAACUCAACAGCAGAACUCAACAGCACGCUCCAAACGUGGAGCUAAAGAGGACGCAGCCACUGACAAAACCAUGUUUAAAUAAUAAAACAAUGAUAUCUAAAUCUGCUGUUGAUUUCAUCUCCUACAAAGACAUGUUUCAGCAGAUGCAGAGUGGUGAUGAAGGACCUGCCAUCUAUGAGAUGUUUGCAGGUCCUGUUUUUGAAAACCUCAGGGUUUCUAGGUCAUCUGAACAUGUUAAAGUAAGACAGAUGGAAAGUGGUCCAACUAAGAAAGUCAAACAGAGGCUUUUGAAAACAGUACAGAAUAAACUGAGGGGAAACCCAGACGAGACUGCAGCUGUUUCAGGAAAAAGCAAGGUCAAACCAGCGCCAUCGAGAGUGAAACUCCCCCCAACCGAGGUACCAAAGAAGGCUAUUGACGGAACAGGUAGUCGUAAAAUAGGAGCAGAGUCAGUUCCUGGCAAGGAUGUCGAAGCUACCAAUGACUGUGUUGAGAAAAAAAGAGAUGAUCACGUUUCAUCAACCAUAGAAGAGACUCCAUCUAAUUAUGGGGUUGAAACACUAAAAUCCAAUUACAAAACUCUCAUUUCACAAAAAACUGCUUCUCGUUCUGAAAAUGAUGUUCACAAGCAUGAAAUAACUGUAAACACAUCAGUGGGAAACUCGCCCGAGCAAGUUCCAGAGCCUGCAUCCCCAUCAAGCCCUACUCAGCCACAGAUCAACACAUUGUCUUCAAGCAGCUGCCACUCCAUCCAGCAGUUUGCGGAUGAGGCGGGGGUUGGACCGUCUACGGAGGACCUUCUGCAGUGUCUGGCAGAUGAGCUCAUCUCGUUGGAUGAGAAAGAUGUUUCUAUACGUUCUGAAAACCCAGAGCAGAGUAAAAAGGAGUUCAGCAGAGAAGAAGAACCCAGAUCAGGACAAAAUAUAUUUAUUGAGGUUUCUCCAAUAGACAGCAGAGCUCUCCUCGGCUCUGAGUUGGCUCUCACCUGGACAAAAGGUGAAGUCCUCGGCAGGGGUGCAUACGGAACAGUGCACUGCGGCCUGACCAGUCAAGGCCAGCUGAUUGCUGUGAAGCAGGUGAGUCUGGAUUCCUCGGACCCGGAUGUUGCAAAGAAAGAGUACUAUCGUCUUCAGGGGGAGGUGGAGUUGCUGAAAACCCUUGAACACAUCAAUAUUGUUAGUUUCCUGGGAACUUCGCUUUAUCAGCAUGCAGUUUCUAUCUUCAUGGAGUACAUACCAGGUGGAUCCAUCGCUAGCAUCAUUCACAGGUUUGGUCCGCUGCCAGAGAAAGUCCUGGCCCUAUACACACACCAGAUCCUUGAAGGAGUGGCCUACCUGCAUCUGAACAGGGUGAUUCAUCGAGACUUGAAGGGAAACAAUGUUAUGCUGAUGCCGAAUGGUGUAAUUAAGCUUAUAGACUUUGGCUGUGCCCGGCGUCUAAGUUGUUUAAACUACACAGUUUGUAACAGCGGAGAGCUCCUCAAGUCUGUCCACGGCACACCUUACUGGAUGGCACCAGAGGUUAUCAGCAAGUCAGGAUAUGGUAUGAAGUCAGAUAUAUGGAGUGUUGGUUGCACAGUGUUUGAAAUGGCUACGGGGAAACCGCCACUUGCACACAUGGAUAAGAUGGCUGCUUUGUUCUACAUUGGGGCUCAGAGAGGAGUGAUGCCGUCUUUACCCGCCGGAUUCUCAGAGAGUGCCAAGGACUUUGUGAAUAUCUGCUUGACCAGUGACCAGAGACUACGGCCGCCUGCUGACCGUCUACUGAAGCAUUCAUUCUUUCCUAAAAAUGACACGAACAGGGACUCCCUGGAAAAACAGAGAAAGAAGUGUUGUGGUCAACAUGUAUAUUCUAAGAUAGAUGUUCUUGAGUUCAGAACAUCUUCAGAUCAGGUUUGAUAGAUAUGGCAAAAAAAAUAAAAAUGCCUGUAAUUCGUACAUUUAAUCUAAUUGAACCCAAAAUAGCUGAUGGAUGUUCCUCAAAGAAAGAUUGGAAGGGAUAUACAGCGUUCCCCAGUCCAGAUCCUCGAUUGCCACUGCCCUGUACUAAGAAACACUGAAUGUACACAUUCCUCAUAUAACCCAUCAACUAUAUUAAAUCAUUCCAGGAAUCUGGAGGAACUUUAGUGCUUCAAUGGCAAGUGAACAAGUCUAAGCUGGACCCCAAAGUUUUCUGGUCUCUUAGAUGGCACUGUAUAAGGAACCAUCAUUCAUCAACAGCUAAUAUUACCAUGUGAAUAAGGGAUUAGUGUGAGAAAUAUGUCAGGGUUCUGAGGUGUAUUAGAUAGACUAUGACACAGUCGAUAUGUGCCUUGUGGUCUGAUGAGAUUGCAGAUCUUUUUUUCAAAGAAAUUACACAUAUGUGGCUCCAGAAAGAAGAAAAGGACCAUCUCAAAAAGAAUCUAAAAACCAGGCGGUGUGAUGGCAAGGGGUUGCAUUGGCCCCUACUUCUGUGAUGACAGCAUUAAUGUAAAAAGAGCACAACAGAAUAAGGGCCACCUUCAAGAUCACAUCUCAUUCAUAGAUGUCCGUGCAUGCCGGACAUAUUGAAACAGCGUCGCUGAGAGAGAAGAGAGUACAAGUGCUGGACCGGCCUGUCCGCAGUCCUGACCGGUCUACAAGAGAGACUCUGGAGGACUUUAAGAUGAAAAGUACAAUGUUGACAGUUUCUCACUGUGCCACACCUUCAGACAUUUUGCAGGAAAACUUGGACAAAAAAACAACUGAUACUUUUCAUCACUCAGAAACUCCCUUCAAAUGUUGAAAGAAAGAGAGAUGACAUUACAAUCAUAAAAGCUGGCCUGAAAUGCAAAAAUGUAUGUAUAUUAACAGAUGAAAUGAUGAUGAUGAUGAUGAUGAUGAUGAUGAUGAUGAUGAUGAUGAUGAUGAUAGACAUGAAACAAUCUUGGGUUUAUACUGUCAGCAAAGAUUAAUCAAGAAUCAAUCCAAUAGAAGCAUAUUUUAUUCAUAAACU